AGUCCGAGGGGCACUCUCGAUAACCACCCGAGUACGAACCCUCCAUCUUCCAUUUUGUGGUCCGACCCGUGGACGCCGCCGCCGCUCCGAUGCCCGGCCGGCGCCGCGCCGCGCCCGGCGCCGCGCUGCUGGCCUGCGCCGCGCUGCUCCGGGCGGCCGCGGGGUCGGCGGCCACCGGGCUCGCCGAGGUCCUUUUGCCGCGAGAGGCUCGCGCUCCCCCGGCCUCGGCGGACCCCGCGCCUCGGCGUCCGCGGGCCGCCCGAGGGACGAUGGCGCCGUGCGCCACCGCGCUCGACGGCCGGGCGGGGGACGACGGCGCCGCCCUGCUGGCGCGCACGCUGCUGCUGCAGACGCACCUCGAGCAGAGGACCGCGGUGGUGGUGCAGCAUUCGUCGAACGCGUCCCGCAACCUCGAGGUGCAGAGGUUGACUGACACGCAGGAGGCCGCGGACACGCCGGUCUCGGAUCUGGACUUCAGGCAGACGUGGAAGGCGCUGGUUGGAACCGUGUCGGACGCGGACACGCGGGGCUCGGACCUGGUGGACUCAAGGCAGAUGUGGAAGGCGCUGGUUGGAACCGUGCCGGACGGCUCCAAGGUCCGCGCCGCGGCCAAGCUGAGCAGGGGCUUCCGGAAGGACGUGCUUGGUUACUGGUCGACCAAUGCGCAGCUGCUGAAGCUGGGGCUUGCGGCCGCCCUGGUCAUCACGGUCCCCGCCCUGCUGUUGGAGCAGUAUGGCUUGCUCAUGGUCGUGUAUGUGGCCAGCAUUGUUUCCAUCGGUCUGCUAACGACCGUUCUGCAGGAGCCCGCCGACGACACGCCGGGGGAGGUGAACUUGGCAAUCGAGAUGGCCACCCAGACGCUGGGCUGGGUGAUCUCGACGGUGCUGUCCGCAGGCCUCUUUGCAGCGCGCUGGCUUUUCAACAAGAUCCACGGUGGCAAAGGAGCCCAGCUGCCCAGCGGGCGCGAGGCCGGGGCCAUGGUCGCGUCCGGGCUGAUCGCCGCGAUGACCAGCAUGGCCAUCGUGCUCGACGGGCCGUCGGAGCACGACGGGACAACCUGCGGCGUAGUGCGGGAAGCUGGGAUCUUGUGGAUGCCUGUGCUCUGGCGCUACCAGUUCGGGGUCGACCUCGGUUUCAAGCGCCUCAACUCCAUCCCGGGAGGGGCUCCGCUUGGCGAUCCCCUGGCAAUCGCACCCGCUACGAUUUCGAGCACGCUGUGGGUGUUUAUCAUCGUCCUGACCACCGCGCUCAACAUUGUAGUCGGCGAGGCCGCGCUCAAGCGCGGACCAAACGUGGACAUCAACGCCCAGAACGCGGUGGCAUCCGGCAUGUGCUCCGUACUCAUGAUGGGCUACAUGGUGAUCUUCCAUUCCUCGUAUAGCCUGGCCUCUCUGCCGGCCGUUAACGGCGGCCUGUUCACCAAGCUGGUUGUGGCAAUGCAUGUAGUUACAGUGUUCAUCCAGUCGAGGCUCCUCAAGUACUUCGACGCCAUCUCCACGAUGGUGGCGCGGGUCUUGGUGGGGCCUUCGCUGAUUGUCUGCAUGCGGCUCAUCAGCGACCAUUUAGUGGUCGAUCACGGCGCGGCGAUUGCUUCCGUCGUGGUGUCAGGUGGCUGCCUCUGUUGGUUCUGGAACGGCUCCCUGCUCGUCGGCGGCUCCGCCCUCGGGUGCCUCGAGAAGGGCUCCGAGCGCGCCCCCGCAGGGCGCCUGCUCCAGGGCGCCUCGGCGGCCGACGUGCACGGUGUUGCGUCCAGCGCACGGCUGGGCCACGGGGAGCUCCUCCCGAAGGAGAGCUGCAAUCCCACCGCCUUGGAGUGCCGACUACCGCUGCCACCACGCGCGCCGGUUCAAGAUGAUUGUGAGUCCGACGAGGACGGCGAGUGGUGGUGGCAGCCCGAGCCGCCGGAGCUGGCCGUGCGGACGGUGCCGGCGGCAGAGGCUGCAUACGUGCUGAUGGCGCAUGUGGAGGACCAGGGGAAGCAGCCUUUCUCAUCUUUGUGCAUCUGUCUUGGGGGAGGCACGAAGGGUUUCCGCUUGCGGCAUCGAUCCCCGCAAUGAGGAGGGCGUGCGCACAUGGAGGGCCGCUUGUUUGAUCUAGAGCUCCUGCGAAGACUUAUUCAUGUGAGUUGUCACGGUGUGGGGUGGGUCACGGCGGGGACAAGGAGGAUCACGGUG